AUGGAGUCAUGCUAUGUCAAGACGGCCAUGAGCGGUGUCGCAGGGUUCGGGCUGGGCGGACUGUUUGGAAUGUUUAUGGCAUCUAUGGCCUACGACACGCCGUACCACACGGCGGGGGCUGCGGUGUCGCCGAUCAGCUCGAUGCCGUGGCGGCAGCAGCUGUCGACGGGGUUCAGGGACAUGGGCAAGCGGUCGUACAGCACGGCUAAGAACUUCGGCAAGGUCGGCGCGCUGUUCAGCGGCGUCGAGUGCGGCAUCGAGGGGCUGCGCGCCAAGAACGACAUGGGCAACGGCAUCGCCGCCGGCUGCUUCACGGGCGCCAUCCUCGCCCGCAACGCCGGGCCCCAGGCCGCCGCCGUCGGCUGCGCGGGGUUCGCCGCCUUCAGCGCCGCCAUCGACGCCUGGAUGCGCAUGCCCAAGGACGAAGACUGA